CGUUUUCCUAACGAGAAUAAAGAAAAGGCGAGUAUAGCACCAAACCCUUUAUAAAAGCACAUCAAAGGAACCAUGAACAACAACAACAACGUAGGAGAAAAAGAAAAGAAAGCCAUCGACGAAGCAACUACAAACAACCUAGCACACAGAGAUAUAUAGCGGAAGCAACCAACAGAAGAAAUUUCCACAGUUCCACACGUACAACAACAACGUUAUAGAAUCACCACUUGCAUGCUUACAAUAAUGGCCAGCAGAAAAAACCACUUCACUUCACGAAGCCACCGUUUUCUCCCUGUGGCCUCAGAUAUACACGACUCUGUAUCCUUAACCAUGGAUUUGGAAUCCGCGUUCGAGUUCGACGAGUCGGAGAUUUACAACUCGGCCCGAGCCAACAACUCGUUCGAGUUCCGCAGAUCGCUUCACGGCCGCGGCUCUAAUUCCUCGGCCAAGAAAAAACCCUCUUCCUCCUCCGGUGAUCCGGCUUCGGUGCCGGUCAACAUCCCCGACUGGUCCAAGAUCCUCGGGGACGAGUACCGGAGGAAGAACAACUUCCACAGCGACAACGACGACGACAACGAGAGUUACAAUGAUGAGAGGAGUGGGAGGGUGCCACCGCACGAGUUUCUUGCGAGGAAUAGGGUAGCUUCGUUCUCCGUGCAUGAGGGUGUUGGGAGAACCCUAAAGGGAAGGGAUCUCAGCACGCUCCGAAACGCCAUUUGGGCCAAAACCGGUUUCCAAGACUAAAAAAGAAAAAACCAUAGCCCUCUCACUCACCGAACCGAAUCUUCUUCUUUUUUUUUUUGGUUUUAAACCCUUUUUGGUUCUACUUCUGUUACUGUAAUUGGUAUGUAUUUUUAGCCGAGAUUUGUUUUUGUGAAUUUUGGAGGUAAAUAUAAUUUAUAAGAGGUUUCGGUUAUUAAUUUCGAAGCCUGAGGUUUGUAAUUUUGUACUGUAUACGUACGUAGUACCCUCAAGGAAUAUUAUUAUAUAUAUAUUUUUUGAAUGUU